GAGAACGAUUCGGAGAAGAAAGGAAAUCAUGCUCUAAAUCCUCUUAUUCAUGGCAUUCCAUUUUGGAUAACUCCAGAGCCAACGAGGAUAGGUGAAGAGCAACGACUAGUGACAUGGGGUCGUAUGGUAUUCGUGAGCUCAGUCGAUCUGUCACAGUCGAAUACGGAACCGACACUGAUAGGACGACCGGAGCCAAUGCGGGACAUCGUUCGUGGGCCGGUCAAGAAGAACUGA